AUGGACACCGGCAGGAUGCUGUCUGAGUCGUACCGCGACGGCGCGAACCCACGGCGAAGUGCAGCCAUUCCCAUUUCGCGCUUCGGGAAGGCCGUCCUCCUCUGCUCGGCCCUGUUCGCCGCAUGGCACCUCUGCUCGACCCUGUUCGCCGACGCGCCUCCUGGUCCUGGAGCCGUCGCUGCGGUAGGCGGCGACGCGUCGUGCCUGCCUCUCGCCACGGAGGCCGGCGUCCGGGGGGCGGCCGGCACGGGGAGCAACUUCGUCUUCUCGCCGCUGUCCAUCCACGCGGCGCUCGCCAUGGUGACCGCCGGCGCGCGGGGCGACACGCGCAGGGAGCUCCUGCGGUUCGUCGGCUCAUCGUCGCUCGACGAGGUGCACCACGCGCCGGCGAACGAUUUCGUAGGCAGGCUCAACGGCCUAGCGCAGACCUCCUUCGCCUGCGGCGUGUGGGUCGACCGGAGCCUGGCGCUCAGGCCAGAGUUCGCCGCCACCAGCGCGUCGCGGUACGGCCCCACGGCGGAAUCCGUGGACUUCGUGUCGGGCGCCGAGCAGGCGAGGCAGCGCGUGAACGCCUACGUGGCGGACGCGACGAAGCAGCUCAUCCGCGACAUCCUCCCUCCCGGCUCCGUCGACUCGUCCACCGCGGUCGUGCUCGCCAACGCGCUCUACUUCAAAGGAGCAUCGUCUCAGCCGUUCGACGUCUCCACGGCGCCGUUCCACGUUCCAGGCGGCACCACGGUGGGCGUGCCGUCCAUGACCACAGGCCGGUCACAGUACAUCGCGCUCUACCCGGGCUUCAGGGCACUCAAGCUGCCCUACAAGGACGACGUGCUGCGGCAAGCUGAUGCAUUCUACAUGCUGAUCCUUCUCCCGGACAGCGGCACACUCAGUCUCGCCGAUCUCUUCGACAAGGCGGUGUCGACGCCGGAGUUCAUCACGAAGCACACGCCGGUGGAGGAGGUUCCGGUCGGGCGGUUCAUGGUGCCCAAGUUCAAGUUCACGUUCGGGUUCGAGGCGUCGUCGGACAUGCAAAAGCUUGGUGUCACCAGGGCUUUCUCAGGCGGUGACUUCUCAGGCAUGGUGAGCGGCGGAGAUGGGCAUGGGCCGGUCUCCAUCUCCCGGGUGUACCAUAAGGCCGCCAUUGAGGUGGACGAGCAAGGCACCGUGGCCGCUGCUGCCACGGUCGUACUCUUGGAUGGUGCCACGCUUGAGGAAAGGGAACCACCGCAUUUAUUGGAUUUUGUGGCUGAUCGGCCCUUCUUAUUUGCCGUGGUCAAGGAGAGGACAGGAGCCGUGUUGUUCCUUGGUCAUGUGGUCAAUCCUCUCGCGGGCUAA